UCUUCUCCUAGCUUUUCACUUAGCUCUGGCCUGGAUACGCUUCCUUAGCAACUGGUUGCCCUUGGCAACAGGAGGACGCUAGCCCGUUGGCUUGGUUUCCCUGCUUGCUGUCCCAGGCUCAGGCCGAACCAUGUCGGAGAUCCUGUGUCAGUGGCUCAACCAAGACUUGAAGGUGUCCCAGACCGUGAGUCCCAAGUCAUUUGCGAAGGCAUUUGCCAAUGGCUAUCUAAUUGGAGAAAUUCUACACAAGUUUGAACUUCAGGAUGAUUUUUCAGAAUUUUCAGAAAGCAGGGUUUCAGGUGCCAAACUCAAUAAUUUUUCUCGCUUGGAGCCAACACUUCACCUUCUGGGUGUGCAGUUUGAUCAGAACGUGGCCAAAAACAUUAUCAUGGAAAAGCCUGGAGCAGCAACAAAACUUUUAUAUCAAUUGUAUACUGCUCUUCAGAAAAAGAAGAAAAGUGGACUGACUGGAGUGGAAAUGCAAACCAUGCAGCCCAUGGCUAAUGUGAGACUUCAAAACAUGAAGAGUGAAGCUUUUCGAGAUAGACUUAGAAACCUGAUACCACGUCAAACUGAUUUCAAUCUGAUGCGGGUUACACACAGGUUUCAAGAAAAAUAUAAACACAUGAAAGAAGAUCUUGUCCGCAUGCAUUUUGAGAAACUUGAAAAUAUUCAAAAACUCAAGGAAGAACAAAGAUGUUUUAAUAUCGAAAAGCAACGCUUGAGCAGAAGACGGCAAAAUGAAAUAAUGGCCAAAAUCCAAGCAGCUAUCAUACAGAUUCCUAAACCUACAUCAAAUCGUACUCUGAAAGCACUCGAGGCCCAAAAAAUGAUGAAAAAGAAAAAAGAGGCAGAGGAUGUGGCCAAUGAGAUUAAGAAGUUUGAAGCAUUAAUAAAAAAGGAUCUCCAGGCAAAAGAAAGUGCAUCCAAGACUUCUUUAGAUACAGCAGGCCAGACAACUACUGAUCUGUUAAAUACUUACUCUGAUGAUGACUACAUUAAAAAAAUCCAAAAACGCCUCGAAGAAGAUGCUUUUGCACGAGAACAGAGGGAGAAAAGACGCCGGAGACUGUUGAUGGACCAGUUAAUAGCCCACGAAGCACAAGAGGAGGCUUUCCGGGAGGAGCAGCUCAUCAACCGGCUGAUGCGGCAAUCCCAGCAGGAGCGCAGGAUCGCCGUGCAGCUCAUGCACGUCCGGCAUGAAAAGGAAGUUUUAUGGCAAAACAGAAUUUUCAGAGAAAAACAAUAUGAAGAAAGACGACUCAAAGAUUUCCAGGAUGCUCUUGAUCGAGAAGCGGCUUUGGCAAAACAAGCCAAGAUUGAUUUUGAAGAGCAAGCCAUCAGAGAGAAGGCAAUUCAUGAGCAGAUUGCUGUGGAAAGAGCUCAAGCCCGUUACAAAAAGCAUUAUUUAAUAUGUGCAGAAAUUUUGGAUCAAAUACUUGAUUUGUCCACUAAAGUGGCAGACUAUCGAAUGUUGACAAAUAAUCUGAUUCCAUAUAAGCUGAUGCAUAAUUGGAAGGAACUCUUUCUAAAUGGAAAGCCCAUAUAUGAGCAAGCCUCUAUUAAGCAUCUAUCAGCUAAGCCCUCUGCAGAACAACGUGUAGAACUGGAAAAAAGGGACUUGCUAGAUAACGGUGAUUAUGAGGAAUAUAAGAACAUGGUUGGAGAGUGGGCUUUACCAGAAGAAAUGGUUGAUAACGUACCACCCUCCAACAAUUGCAUAUUGGGCCAUGUGAUUCACAGACUAAUUGAAAAAUCUCUUCCCCCUAAAACUGAAUCAACAGUACCUGAAUCACUUUCAUUUGCUAUUAAAGGAUGCUUAUUGGGGAAAACAUUUAGUGGAAAAACUACUGCUCUAAAGUUUCUACAAAAAGACUUUCCUAUUCAGAUACUUUCUAUCGAUACUCUUGUCCAAGAAGCUAUUCAAGCAUUUCAUAACAAUGAAAAAGCCAGCGAGGCCCUACCAAUUCAGAAUGAAGCUGAAGAAAGGACUUUCCCAGUUCUGCAGGAGUAUAAUAAAGAAAGCCAGGAUCUGCCAAGUAAAUUUUCAACUGACUCAGUUUUAAAUGAAGCAUUACCAGAAUCAGAAGAUAAAGCUAUAUUUAGUACUGAUACCAAUGAAAUACCAAAAGCUGAAAAUGUCGAAUUGAAUGAUGAUUUCUCUAAACUCACUGUGCGUGCUCGGCUUGGUGCAAAAUCAGAAAAGUUACUGAAGAAAGGAAAGAGCAUUCCUGACACGUUGCUAGUUAGCAUCAUGGUGAACGCUAUUAAUCAGAUACCUGUGGAUCAAAGCUGGAUCCUCGAUGGUUUUCCAAUGACAUUAAACCAAGCAAAGCUUCUGGAGGAAGCUCUCACAGGCUGCGACAGAAGCCCCGUAGAACUGGAGGAAAAGAAAGCACAGAUAUCCACGUUGGCUGUUGAUCCUUCGGCUGCCAAAGCAGUGCCUCUUCCUCCUGCUGUGUUUGAUUUUGUCAUGUUAUUAGAUAUUUCAGAUAAUUCUUCACUGGGUCGCGUGAUUGACACCAUGGCUGACACAUUUUCAACGGAAACUCCUCAUAAAGCUAUCUGUCAACGUGUAGCCGCCUCAAGCCAAGAUGUGGAUGAGGACCAGAAUUUAAGAGACCAGAUACAGCAUAGAAUUAUAGGUUUCUUGGACAACUGGCCUUUAUUGGAAAAAUGGUUUACAGAACCAGAAGAUAUUUUGAUAAAAGUCAAUGCUGAAGUAGAUCAAGAGUCUUUAUGCCAGAAAGUAAAAGAAAUAUUUAUGACUGAAAUAAUGAAAAAGGAAAAUAAAGUUAAAAAGAAAUUAGAAGAAAAGGAAGCUGAGAAAAAAGAAGAAGUUUCCAUGGCUGAGCCUCCUCCCCCUACCCCUCCCCUUCCUGAACCAGAAAAAGAGAAGGAAACCCAUCCUCAGCGUGAACACUCAAAAUCUCCUACUGCAAAAGGAAAACCACCAGCAGAAUCCCUGCAUGGUAAGAAGGAAUCUCUUCAGGAAGGAAAAGGGAAGAAAGGUGACACGUCACUCAAAAGAAAAGGUUCUCCUAAAGGAAAAUCACCAGGAGGGAAAGUACUGGUAAAGAAAUCACCUGCUGAAUCUGUAGAUGUGUCACCUGUUCCAACAGUGCCACCACCACCUAAGCCAGGAUCAGAAGAAUGGGUCUAUGUGAAUGAACCAAUUCCUGAGGAAAUACCUUCAUUUUUAGUACCUUACUGGGAACUAAUAGAAAAUUCCUAUGUAAACUCCAUCAAAACAGUACUCAGGCAUCUGAGAGAAGACCAGCAUGUUGUACUUGGUUACUUAUAUAAUAUUAGAACAAGUUUCCAGCAGUUUCUAAGGCGUCCGGAUCACAAGCAAGAUUUUGUAUCUCAAUGGCAGGCUGAUUUCAACUCUCUUCCUGAGGACUUGUGGGAUGAUGAGGAAACAAAGGCUGAACUACACCAAAGAGUGAAUGAUUUACGAGACCGCCUCUGGGACAUCUGCGAUGCCCGGAAGGAAGAGGCGGAGCAGGAGCGUCUGGACAUCAUUAACAAGAGCUGGUUCCAGGAUUCCACCGGAAUAACGAUGAACCAUUUCUUCUCCCUGAUGCAGGCAGAGCUGAACCGUUUCCAAGAUACAAAGAGACUCCUUCAAGAUUAUUACAGGGGAAUGGAAUGCAAAAUCCCAACAGAGGAGACUAAGAGAUUUACUCGCAUCCCAUUGGUCCAACUGGAUAGUAAAGACAUUUUGGAAAACCAAGUUAGAAUUCCUCUAGUUUCUCGAAUAUCUAUUUCUCCGGAUUCAGCUACAUCCAGAUCAAAACCAAAAACCAUACUGAAAGGCAAGAUCGAUUACUCGCUAGAAAAAGUAGAGUCGAACUUUGAGGCAGAUGAGAAGUUGGUGAUGGACACCUGGCAGCAGGCUUCUUUAGCAGUAUCCCACAUGGUGGCUGCUGAAAUUCAUCAGAGGCUCCUGGAAGAAGAAAAAGAAAACCAGCCAGCAGAAACAAAAGAAAAGUCUCCCCAGAUGAGUGCAAAUAAAAAAGCCAAAAAGGAACAAGCUAAGAAAAAAAAGGAGGACAAAAAAGAAAAAGGCAAAUCAUCACCUGCCGUAGAAGCCGCUCCGACUCCGACGGCAGUGGUAACUGCAGAGGAGAUUGCCAAAAUGGAAAAGAAAAACGAACUGAGACUCAAAAUAAAGGAGGAACAUCUUGCUGCCCUGCAAUUUGAAGAGAGAGCCACACAGUUCCGACUUGAACUGAUAAAGGCAAAAACAUUGGCUUUCCUUGAAGAUUUAGUAACAAAGUUAGUUGAUAUAUAUAAACUCAUGGAAAAGUGGCUCGGUGAGAGGUACUUGAAAGAAAUGGCCAGCGUGGAAAAAUUAACUGAGGUAGCACGUCAUCACAUUGAAACAUCUACAAAAAUCCAGAAUGAACUUUAUUUAGACCAAGAAGACUUCUUCAUUAAUGGUGAUGUAAAAGUCUUUCCAGAUCCCCCUCCUCCGGUCCGUCCUCCGCCUGUAGAAAAGGAAGAAAAUGGCACCCUGACCAUCGAACAGCUUGACAGUCUUCGAGAGCAGUUCUUAAAUAUAGCACCUAAAGGCAUAAUAGGAAAUAAAGCAUUUACUGACAUUCUGCUUGACUUGGUAACGCUGAACCUUGGAACAAGCAACUUUCCCAGUAGUUGGAUGCACCUCACUCAACCUGAAUUGCAGGAGUUAACAUCUUUAUUAACAAUAAACUCGGAGUUUGUGGACUGGCGGAAAUUCUUGCUAGUAUCUUCACUGCCUUGGCCCUUCCCCCUGGAGGAGAUGCUCCUGGAGACCCUGCAGAGGUUCAAAGCUGUGGACGAGGAGCAGCUGGGCACCGUCACUUUCGAGCAGUAUAUGCAGGCUGGUCUGUGGUUUACGGGAGAUGAAGAUAUAAAAAUUCCAGAAAAUCCUCUUGAACCCUUGCCAUUCAAUAGGCAGGAGCAUCUUAUAGAGUUUUUCUUCAGGCUAUUUGCUGACUGUGAGAAGGACCCACCCCAGCUUGACUACACAGAGAUGCUGCUUUAUUUUGCUUGCCAUCCGGAUCCUGUGGAAGGGGUCUACAGGGCCCUCAGUGUGGCCGUGGGGACUCAUAUCUUCCAACCAAUUGGAACGCCUAACCUUACUGCAGAAGAGACCUACUCCUUUACCAAUAUAAGUCCAAUUGAAGACUAUCCUGAACCCGAGGAAAAUUUUAUGAGUGAGGAAAGGGAACUAAGAGAGGAAAGGGAGGAAAAGGAAGAAGAAAUUCCUGAAAAUGCCAACACGGAAAAGAUUUCCAUGGAAACACUGUUGAAAGUAUUCCGAGGAGGAAACGAAGCACAGGACGCUCACAGAUUUGCCAGCCACCUAAAGACAGGAAACAUUUAUUCAGAGAACUUCACAAAAGUAUUUCAGGAUCUUGGUGCCAAGAACCUGGAGCCCAUUGAAGUUGCUGUUCUUCUGAAGCAUCCUUUUAUUCAAGAUCUGAUUGCAAGUUAUCCAGACUAUAAAAUUCCUGCUAUGAAAAUAAUUCUCCAAAGGAGUAGCAUGCACAAGGAAGUGAUGGAGAGAGAUCUCCUUUAA